AGGAUGCCGCAGCUGCCGGGGGCCGGGGGCGGCGGGGGGGACCCGGAGCUCUGCGCCACCGACGAGAUGAUCCCCUUCAAGGACGAGGGGGACCCCCAGAAAGAGAAGAUCUUCGCCGAGAUCAGCCACCCCGAGGAGGAGGGCGACCUGGCCGACAUCAAGUCCUCCCUCGUCAACGAGUCCGAGAUCGCCCCCGGCGCCAACGGGCACGAGGUUUCCAGGCAGACUCAAGCACAGGAUUCCUACCAUGAUAAAGGCAGAGAACAACACCCCGAGGAAGGAAAGCAUCCAGACAAUGGCUUAUACAGCAAGGGACCAUCGUACUCUGGUUAUUCUGGGUAUAUCAUGAUGCCAAAUAUGAAUAACGACCCAUACAUGCCUAAUGGAUCUCUGUCGCCACCCAUCCCCAGAACAUCCAACAAGGUGCCCGUGGUACAGCCUUCUCAUGCGGUUCACCCCCUCACCCCUCUUAUCACCUACAGCGAUGAGCACUUUUCCCCGGGGUCACACCCGUCUCACGUCCCCUCUGAUGUCAGCUCCAAACAAGGCAUGUCCAGGCAUCCUCCAGCUCCUGAUCUCCCUACCUUCUAUCCCUUGUCUCCAGGGGGGGUUGGACAGAUAACACCACCUCUUGGCUGGCAAGGUCAGCCUGUAUAUCCCAUCUCGAGUGGAUUCAGGCAGCCCUAUCCAUCCUCACUCUCAGUCGACCCUUCCAUGUCCAGGUUUUCACAUCACAUGAUUCCUGGUCCUCCAGGCCCUCACACAACUGGAAUCCCUCACCCAGCUAUUGUAACACCUCAAGUAAAACAAGAACAUCUGCACAACGACAGUGAGCUAAUGCAUGUGAAGCCUCAGCAUGAACAGAGAAAAGAACAAGAGCCAAAAAGACCUCAUAUUAAGAAACCUCUGAAUGCUUUCAUGUUGUACAUGAAAGAAAUGAGAGCAAACGUUGUAGCAGAGUGUACUCUGAAAGAAAGUGCAGCUAUCAACCAGAUCCUUGGCAGAAGGUGGCAUGCUCUCUCCCGUGAAGAACAAGCAAAAUAUUAUGAACUAGCUCGUAAAGAAAGGCAGCUACACAUGCAGCUUUAUCCAGGCUGGUCUGCAAGAGACAACUAUGGGAAGAAAAAGAAGAGGAAGAGAGAAAAGUUACAGGAAUCAGCAUCAGGUACAGGCCCCAGAAUGACAGCUGCCUACAUCUGAAGCAUGGUGGGAAAAGAAAUGCUUUCUCAACUUGCAAAGCAAAGGCGGCGACACCAGGACCCCUUCUGGAGAUGGAAGCUUGUUAAACCCUAGGUGUGUCCUUCAUCCACACAGACCACCCCAAGGAGUCUGUCUAGGAUGUCAUCCACCCUGAUGUCACUGCUAGAGACACUGAAUCAUAAAGACAAUCACUGCCAAAAUCCUUCACUAUCACGAGGUCCAGCCCUGAUAUAAAUAGAGCAAAUGAGCUCCUGGGUCAGCAGAGCAGCUUUUGUCUUCACCUCUGCCUUGCACUCUUAAGCCCCCAUCUCAUCUGUGUCCAUAUUGAGUCAGCAAACACAGUAGCAUGGCUGUCUGUGCCUGCUUCAGCCAGCAGAAUUCCGUACACCACAGCUGCCCCACACAGCACAUCAAGGGAUGGAAUUUGCCUGGACCAGGAUGACGCGCUCAACCUUUUUAUUUAAUGGUGCGACAGGAUCAAUUUUGGUUUUAGCUUUUUUUAAGAAACUUGAAUGCUUUUAUAUUUUAACUUUUAGUUUGUAAUUUCUUUGGUGUAUAUUUUACUAGGUAUGAGCUUAAACAAGUGUCAAAAAUCUGAAAUACUUUUUAAGUAAAAGGAGGUUUUCUUUUUUUUUUUUUUUUCUUCCAGAGGAAAAAUCUGUAUGGAAAAAAGGUGGCUGUUUUGUUAAACUAUUUGUAACAAAUAGUGGCCUCUCAGUCUAUAUAAUACAGUGUCCUAUAGAACUAAAUAAAUGUAACAACAGUCAGCUGGUCAGUAGACAUGUUAGUCUUGCAUCAUCUACUCUGUAAACAUAAGCAAUACAUUCAGCAAAUCUGACUGCAGUGAGUUCUCCUUCUCACCCAUUCCCCUUCUCCUUGUAAAAAGCCCAGCACUUGAAUUAUUACUUCAAUUGUUCUGUAUUUGUAUCUGUUUUUGUUAGCCUGUUAGUGGGAUUUUAUGCCAGUUGUUGAAAUGAGCAUUGAUGUACCCAUUUUUUAAAAUAGUAAGGCACAGCCUUUGCCAAAAAUACUGUCAACCAAUUUUUUUUUGUCAUUCCAGUUUGAGUUAAUGUGCUGAGCAUUUGUUUUUUAAUAAAAGCUUUGUAAUAAAAUGGAA